GCUGUGCGUUGGCUAGCUCCUGAGAAAUUAAUCAACUAUAAAUCAAAAUAUACGACACAAUGUGAAAUUUUUAGUUUUGGUGUUCUACUUUGGGAACUUGCUUUUGAAAAAAUUCCAUAUAGAAGUUUGGAAGUAGACAAAAUUAGAGAUUUUGUAAUUAAAGGUGGCAGAGAAAGAAUUAAAUUUGGAGAUUCUACUCCUAAAAAAAUCCAAGAAGAUUAUAAAAAAAUUAUAAAUGACAUUUGGAAGAAUAAUCCACAAGAACGUAUUUCUUUUUUGAAAGCAUUGGACAUGCUAGAAGAAUUAUAUAAUUCCAUCAGUUAUAUGUUUGAUGAGAGUAUACCAGCUUUGCUUGAUGAAAAUACAUUAGAUUUAGAUGGAUCAAAAGUAGUUCCAAUAAUUCCAUUAGAUGAAGGUAUAAAAGCUCAUAGGGCAAGAGAUUAUCAAAAGGCGUGGAAAUGUUUUGAAUAUCAUGCAGAAAAUGGUAAUACAACAGCAAAAUGUUGGAAGGGUCGUUAUUUGUGGGAAGGAUUUCAUGACGGUAUAAAAAGUCGUGAAGAGGGUAAGGAAUUACUUAAAGAAGCUGCUGAUGAAGGACAUCAUGAUGCUCAGUUAUUUUAUGCUUUUACUUUUGUAAGGGUUCUGCCUGAAAAUAAUAACAUAGAUACAUUUAUGAAGUAUAUCACUAAAUCUGCUGAAGGAAAUAAUAAUAUUGCACAAUAUAAUUUAGGUGAUAUAUAUUAUAAUGGAAAAUUAAAUAUCCCAAAGAACGAAGAUGAAGGAAUUAAAUGGUUAAGAAAGGCUGCUUUUAAUGAUAACAAUAAUGCAAUUCGAUUUCUAGAAAAAAGAGGAAU